AUGGCGCCCACCUCCCCGCACGUCAGCAAGCUUAAAGUAGCCCUGAAGCUCUCAAUCUCUCGUCUGCGAAUGGCGCAGCAGAAAGAGACAGCGUUAUCAAAGGUUGCGCGGCGGCAGAUGGCGCAGCUCCUCGAAGCGGGCAAGGAGGAUUCCGCGCGCAUCCGCGUCGAGAACAUCAUCCGCCAGGACAUUUCCGUCGAGCUCAUGGAGAUCCUGGAGCUGUACUGCGAGCUGCUGCUGGCGAGGAUCGGGCUGUUGGAUGCGAAAGAAUGCGACCCCGGCCUCGAAGAACCGAUAAAAUCACUGAUCUACGCGGCGCCGCGCACCGAGAUCCGCGAGCUGCAGACAGUGCGGCAGCUGCUGGUCGAGAAGUACGGGAAGGAAUUCGCGGUGGCCGCGAUCGAGAACAGCGAGCAGAAGGUGUCGCCGCGGGUGAUCAAGAAGUUGCGCGUCGAGCCGCCCGACGAGCUGCUCGUCACGCUGUACCUCAAAGAGAUUGCGCGCACCUACGGAAUCAGCUACAGGGCCACGCCGCCGGGAACGCCGCCCCCGCCGGAAUUCGAUGACGAUCAAGAGGGCGGGAGUGGGAGUGGAAAGAUGAAAGAACCGCCGCUGGCACUGGCAGUAAACGAUCCCAAAGCGGCGGAGCUGGCAAAGGUCACCCCGCCGAGCCAGAUGCGCUCGCCAAUCAAUAUUGCGCCGCCGUCGCCGUCGACCGAGAACGUGCACCCGGUGAUCCGCAUGCCCGAUGCGCCCAAGAUGCCGAGCCUGGCGCUGCCGAAGCCUCCCGCGCCGAAACCGCAGACGGCAAGGAACUUGUCCACCGACGAUGAGCUGGCGAGACGGUUUGCCGCGCUGAAGAAGCCAUAG